UUAGGUUCUUUUCGGUUGUUCUCUUGGAACGAGUAGGGCUGUGAGCUGGUUUUGAAAACGUAUCUUGCGUGUUCUCUAAACCUUCUGCAAUUAUGGCACGUGUGAGAGUCUUCUUCGAUGUCGCCGCUGAUGGGCAAUCUUUGGGCCGCGUAAUUAUGGAGCUGAGGCCGGAUGUUGUCCCCAAAACUGCCGAGAACUUCCGUGCUCUUUGUACUGGAGAGAAAGGCUUUGGCUACAAAGGGUCCACCUUCCACAGAAUUAUUCCCGGCUUCAUGUGCCAGGGAGGAGACUUUACCAACCACAAUGGAACUGGUGGCAAAUCCAUCUAUGGAAACAAGUUUGCUGAUGAGAACUUCAACCUGAAGCACACCGGCCCAGGAAUCCUGUCCAUGGCCAAUGCAGGCCCUAAUACAAACGGUUCUCAAUUCUUUAUCUGCACUGAAAAGACCAGCUGGCUGGAUGGUAAACAUGUUGUGUUCGGCAGUGUUGUUGAAGGCAUUGAGAUUGUGAAAGCAAUGGAAAAAUAUGGCUCUCAAAGUGGGAAAACCAGCAAAAAGAUCACCGUUGAAAACUCUGGCCAGCUUUAAAGGCGUCCUCUAGUCCCUCUUGUUUUUGUGUUUUUGCAUUUUUCCCUUGUUUUGGGGUAUUUUCCUCUGGUCUUAACACAACAAGCAUUCCCUUCCUGUUAGCUGGCAGAAUCACCCAGUUCAGUGCUGAAAAUGCACUUUGAACUGCUGCAUUUCUGCGGUGCUUAUCCCUCUGCUCUUCUGUCCUUCAGAUUUUCUUUACCAAUCCCAUUCCCUUAAAGUUCUAUGUGGACCGCAGAGCUGCAUCUGAGAUAAAAUGAAAUCACCUCAAA